CAUCCGGGAGUGUUUGCGCCCAUAGUUACCAAACCUUUAGCGGAAAACUGUAGAAAGUUUCUGUUGACAAACGUUUUUUUUUAUUUAGCUAACAGCUAUUUAAUAAACAAAUACGUUUUCCCUCUUGAAACACAGCUAAGGAGAACCACACUAUGGAAAUUAUCAGAGGUAGUUUAGAUGACAUUUCCCGACCUGCAUCGAGUGACCAAACGGGUUGCCGUGUGUCCAGCGUGUCAUUGCCUCAUACUGACAGAAUCUGUCCUACAACUCCCUUUGCCCUUGUUGUUUUGACCAACGAUGCUGCUGAUAUUCAGAUCCAGAGCAGCUCUGAAGAAACUAUAAUAUGUACCUCGGCCAGCGGUCCUGACCAAGGUCAGUGUCACGUUGAUGUUACAGAUGAAGAGAAGGAAGAUUCAGAACUACAACAAGCCAUUAAGGAAAUGGAACGACUUGAUGAAAUACUGUCUGCAAAGAUCAGCAAAGAAAAAGAAGUCAAACGUCAAAGGAAAGAACUUCAAACAAAACUCUGGCAAGAACUACUGCAGAAUAAGCCAGAAGGUUGGUCUGAAUGUGCCCAUGAAGCUUUGAACACAAGGCUGUUUUUGGCCCUUGAAGUACCCAGUGGGACAGAAGAGGAGGAGGACAGCGACUUUGUGCCUGUGUUUGAAACUCAAGUUCCUUACAAUGACCAUGACAGGCACAGCCAACAUUUGGAGCAGAGUGAAAAGACGCCAAGCAGCUCAACAGAAUCAUUUGAGACUGGGGAAGAGCAAUUUGAAGGCAGCCACUGUGAAGCUUCCAAAGGCAAGAAAAAACAAAAGGACUUUGUCAAGAGAAACAUUGAGCUAGUAAAUGGUGAAGGGGGCCAAGUGCUUUUGACCCAGGCAGAGAAAGAGCGUCUGGAUGAGCUCCUCCGAGAAAUAGACAAAGAGGAAGAGGACAGUGCCAGAGGCGCAGACAGAGAGGAGGACAUGUGGGCUGUGUCAUUCUUGACAGGCCAAGGUUACACCCCAGAGCCCUCUGACCUGGAGCAGCUGAUUGACAUUGACUCCAAAAUGCGCCUCCUUCUUCCAGCUGAAGAAUUUCUCUCGCUGCAGAGCUCCUACACAAACUUUAGUGAGCCCCAGGGCCGUGGCUCAGAGGUUGGAUGGAAGUGCGCUGGGGACCCGCAGCCAGAAGAGAAGGUCCUGCAGGAUAUAAAGGAGAGGAGAGGGCAGGAGAGGCAGCUCCAACAGAUCCAACAGCAGCUGGAGAUCCUGGGCCACAGCCAGGAGAUGACUGAAGAGUCUGCAGACCUUACGGAGGAGCAGUUACUUUGCCUGCUGGAUGAAUGUGAGCUGACAGAGAGCUGGAGCCUGGACCCUGAGACAACUGACACCACACCAUGAGACCCUACUAAGUCACAUUGACUACAUCCUUCUGAAGCCCUGCUUUCAGAACGUCUGUCAAAAUAGGGCAUCAUUGCUGGGAUAUCACCAUCAGGCAACUAGGGGUUGUAAGAGACACAUUAAUGGAUAUAAACAUAUUUCACCUGAAUAAUUAGCUUUUAGAUUAAUGUAGAUAUAAAUAACAUGUCUCAUAGACAGUAACAUAAAAUCAUUAUAAAUAUGUUCCAUAAUGUGCUACAAAAAUGUAGCUCUAACUUUUAGUCAAUUGAGAAACGGGAUGAGAACUGUUAAUUUUUUUGUCCUAAUUGGUCUCCUGGAUUGCUUCCCAUUGUUUUUAUUUGUGUCUAUGUCUCAGCAUGAGGAAAAAGAGCAGCAGGGACACCCUUUGUAUUAGGCUUAGUAUCAUAGAUGAGAACAGAAAAUUGCCGUCAUUAAAUCUAACAACCGGGUACGGCGGCCGCAGAAUGUUCUCCUGCACACAUAAACAUUAGUCGAUAACAGUGUGUCUGUGGGGUGAUGUCUGAACACUAUCAUGUAUUAAAGCUAAGCCCUCUCCUAUGAAAUAUA